GCUAAACUAUUCUUCGAGCGUAUACUGUCUCUGCGAACUCUCAUAUAACGUCUUCUACAUUUAUCACGACGGUCCCGGCAAAUAAUUCAAUCCUGACAGCUCGGCUACUCCUGUGAUAUAAUCCAACCCCCACAAUGUCUGCCAACGAUGCAUCCGUCCCCGCGGAGACAGAAAGCCUCUCCCCUUCCGCCCCUGCAACAAACAAGACGCAGAGCACAGAUGCCCAGGGCCAAUUCACCGAAGCCGUGGAUGAGCUGAUCGACCAGCUGCAGCAUAAAUUCGAUACCGUGUCUAGGGAGAUGUUUGGGAAGUUUGAUGAUAUGGCAAGACGACUAGAUGAUUUGGAGGCUUCUUUGAGUGUUGCGGCGGAUGCGGGGACAACAUCGACCUCGACUCCGGCCAAAUGAG